CGCAUCCCAAUUUGGGCCGGGAGCUCGGAGCUGGCCUCGCCGGGACGGCUGGGCGCCGCGCGGAGGUCGAGUCACCGGGGUUGAAGAUGCUGCGAGGCCCCAGGACCACACGUGGCAGGUGGGGGUUCAGCCUCGCCCGAGGCCUUACCCACAAAGCCGUGGUGGCCCUCCGGCGAGAGGACGUGAACGCCUGGGAGCGACGGGCUCCACUCGCCCCCAGACACAUCAAAAGCAUCACCAAUCAGGGCUACAAGGUCCUAAUCCAGCCUUCAAACCGACGGGCCAUUCACGAUCAGGAAUAUGUCCAAGCUGGUGGUAUCCUUCAGGAAGACAUUUCUGAAGCAUGUCUGAUUUUGGGAGUUAAAAGACCCCCAGAGGAAAAAUUAAUACCCAGGAAGACCUAUGCCUUCUUCUCUCACACAAUAAAGGCACAAGAAGCCAAUAUGGGAUUGUUGGACGAGGUUCUAAAACAGGAAAUUCGUCUUAUUGAUUACGAGAAAAUGGUGGAUGAUAAAGGAAUACGGGUAGUGGCAUUUGGACAGUGGGCCGGUGUGUCAGGGAUGAUCAACAUUUUACACGGAAUGGGGGUAAGGCUCCUUGCUCUGGGACAUCAUACACCUUUUAUGCACAUUGGCAUGGCUCACAACUACAGAAACAGCAGUCAGGCUGUGCAAGCGGUCCGAGAUGCUGGCUACGAGAUAGCUUUGGGUUUGAUGCCAAAGUCGAUAGGGCCCUUAACAUUUGUGUUCACAGGGACUGGUAACGUAUCGAAGGGAGCCCAAGAAAUAUUCAGCGAACUACCUUGUGAAUAUGUGGAGCCUCAUGAAUUGAAGGAAGUUUCCCAAACUGGAGACCUCAAGAAAGUGUACGGGACGGUGUUAAGUCGCCAUCACCACCUUGUCAGGAAAACAGAUGGUGUAUAUGAUCCCGCAGAGUACGACAAACACCCUGAUCGCUACACGAGUCGUUUUAACACUGAGGUUGCCCCUUAUACAACUUGCUUGAUUAAUGGAAUCUACUGGGAGCAAAACUCCCCUCGUCUGCUAACGCCGAAAGAUGCGCAGACUCUCCUGGCUCCUGUCAAGUCCUCAGAUGUUGCCAUUGAAGGCUGCCCCUCCCUGCCACACAAAUUUGUGGCAAUAUGUGACAUCUCGGCAGACACAGGAGGAUCUAUAGAAUUUAUGACUGAAUGCACAACCAUAGAUCACCCCUUUUGCAUGUAUGAUGCAGACCAACAUAUUACUCAUGACAGUGUGGAAGGCUCUGGGAUUCUGAUGUGUUCAAUUGACAAUUUGCCUGCACAGCUUCCCAUCGAAGCUACUGAGUGUUUUGGAGACAUGCUUUACCCUUACGUUGAAGAAAUGAUAUUAUCAGAUGCGACACAGCCACUAGAAAACCAACAUUUUUCUGCUGUAGUGCGAGACGCAGUGAUCGCAUCCAACGGUACAUUGACUGAUAAGUAUAAAUAUAUCCAGAAACUCCGAGAGAGCAGGGAACGUGCUCAGUCAGUUUCAAUGGGCACCAAGAAAAAGGUAUUGGUUCUUGGCACUGGCUACGUCUCCGAGCCCGUAUUGGAAUACCUGCGGAGAGAUGGCAACAUUGAAAUAACAAUAGGCUCUGACAUGAAGCAUCAAGUGGAGCAGCUGAGUAAGAAGUACGAUGUCUGCUCUGUCUGUGUGGACGUUGGUAAACAGCCCGAGCGGUUGACCUCCUUGGUGGCGGCGCAGGAUCUGGUCAUCAGCUUGCUGCCUUAUGUAUUGCAUCCCCUUGUGGCCAAGGCAUGCAUUGCAAGCAAAGUUAACAUGGUCACUGCGAGCUACAUUACACCCCCGCUAAAGGAACUGGAAAAGAGUGUGGAAGAUGCUGGCAUCACACUCAUUGGUGAGCUGGGAUUGGACCCUGGCCUUGACCAUAUGUUGGCAAUGGAAACAAUAGACAAGGCUAAAGAAGUUGGAGCCACGAUUGAAUCGUAUAUUUCCUUUUGCGGUGGACUUCCAGCCCCUGAACACUCAGCUAAUCCUCUGCGAUACAAAUUCAGCUGGAGUCCAGUGGGUGUUCUGAUGAACAUGAUGCAGUCUGCCACCUACCUGCUCAAUGGAAAGGUGAAGGAAGGUCUCCAAGCUCCGGAGACAGACCUGCUGGGAACGCUCUCCCUUUGGCGGUUAGGCAGCUUGUCUCACAUUGACUUCCCCCUGAGUAUCUCCCGCGUAAAUUUGGAAGGGUACCCAAACCGGGACAGUACGAAAUAUGCUGAGAUUUACGGCAUUUCGUCUGCUCACACUUUGUUGCGGGGGACACUGAGAUACAACGGAUAUGCCAAAGUUUUGAAUGGAUUUAUCAAACUGGGCCUUCUAAACCGAGACCCCUUUCCUGCUCUUCGACCCGAGGCCAAACCUCUCAGCUGGAAAGAACUCUUCUGUGACCUGGUGGGGAUUUCGCCCUCCUCCAAGCAUGAUGAGCUUAAGGAAGCAGUCCAUCAAAAACUAGGCGGAGACCAGAUCCAGCUAGAGGCCAUUGAAGGGUUGGGCUUACUUGGGGAUGAGCACGUCCCUCGGGCAGAAUCCAUUGUGGAUGCACUUUCCAAGCAUCUGGCUACGAAGCUCUCCUAUGGCCCCGGAGAGAGAGAUAUGAUCGUGAUGAGAGACAGCUUUGGAAUCCGGCAUCCCUCGGGACAUUUAGAAAACAAGACCAUUGAUCUUGUGGUUUAUGGCGACGUCAAUGGCUUUUCGGCCAUGGCAAAAACCGUGGGGUUACCGACGGCCAUGGCAGCCAAGAUGUUGCUUGAUGGUGAAAUUCAAGCCAAAGGCCUGAUAGGGCCCUUUUCUAAGGCGAUCUAUGAACCCAUCCUCCAGCGUAUCCGAGCCGAAGGUGUCGUCUACACCGCGCAGAGCACUGUCCAACCGUGACUGGGAGUCACCUUUGAUUUAUCGACAGGCAGUCCGGCGCCGAACAUUCCUGGGACAGAUAUGCUCGCUAAGAUGUGGUUUUAAAGUGCAAAGGCACAAUAUAUGUUGAUUAAACCGAUGUGGUGAUAUUUUUUAAGAUAGUUUUAUUUUAAUAUGAAAACGUUUGGAAAAGGGGAUGUCCGUAAUUACCAGAGCACUUUAUUAAUUCUACCGUGUAUUUUUUCACGUUUAUAAAAGUGAUCAUGAUGAUGCUAUUUGUUAAUUUAUUGUGCCACCCUUUUAUUAUAAGAAUUUUUUAGAAAAGAAAGCACAAACCAAACCAAAUCCACUGCCAUGGAGUCGACUUCAACUCAUAGUGACCCAAUGGGGUUCCCAAGGGUAGACCAGGUAAACCUUUACAGUGACAGACAGUCUCGUACGUCUCCCUCGGAGUGGCUGGUGGAUUUGAACCAAUGGGUUUACGAUUAGCAAUACAACGCUCACCUGAGCACGCCGCCGGGUAUAGUCAGCCAUGAAGUUUACCUGUUUAGGCAGAAGAAUGUCCUCACACAGCUGUAUUUUUGUAGUUUUCAAGUGAAUUCUCUUAGAUACCUUUAGCUUACCUAUCUACAAGCCCUUGCAGUGAUGCCUUACAAAGUUGGAAAGCUAUGAUUUAGUUAGUAAAUAUCACUUCUUGUUCGGAAAAGGGAAUAGGUUUAGAUUAAACCGCACAGCACCCGAUGCAGAAUAAGCACCUGGCAACACCAGACCCCCGUCAUGCUAAACGGAGCCCUGGGAGGGCUUGGGUUCUCACUGAAAGGCUGAAGGUUUCUGUCUAGGCAGAGGCAUCUCAGAAGGAAAUCCUGGCAGUCGACUUCUGAGCGAUCGAUCACAGUCAGCAACCACCCUUGGGCCUGUCAUACUCCACAGAACACUGGGGCAUCCUGAGUCAGACUAGACUAGGUGACAACCGCUUUGAUAGAAGCACCAAAGAAACCAGGGCUAGAAGGAGUUUUCCUCAUAAGAAGUAUCCGUGAAACAUUAAGAAAUUGGCAAAGGAUGAUCUGAAUAGCCGUAUCUCUCAAAUGGAUUCACAAGUAAUCAAUGAGCACCUUAAAUUAAAAAAAAGCCCUCAACAUUAUUAACUAUCAGGGAGAUGCAACCUGAACCCAUGGUGAGUACCACUUCAUACCAACCCAGAUGACCACAUAAAAAGACAGGUUGGCAUGGAGGUGGAGAAAUAGGAGUUUACUGUGAGUGGGAAUGUAAAGAGACCUUUUGGCAAACACUGUCUAGGAGGCUCUCAAAAGGUCCAACCUAGCCGUAUCAUAUAACCUAGCAAUUCUGCUCCCGAGAAUUUUGAAAGCAUUGGCCCACACAACUUGUGCACAAAUAUUCGGCGCAGCAGAUUCACAAUAGUCCCGAUCAGAAACCACUCCAAUGGCCAUCCCCCAACAAGUGAAUAAACAAAACAUGGUAUAGCCAUACCAUGGAACGCUAUUUGACAAUAAAAAGAAAUGUGAUGAAUGCUAUGACAGGGUUGAACCUUCUAACAUGCUAGUUCAGAGAAGCGAGUCAAAAAAGACCCCGUGUUGUAUGAUUUCAAUCAUGUGAAAUGUCCAGAGAAGGUAAAUCUGGAGCGGUAGAGAUAAGUGGUGGGUUUGAACUGGAUUUGAUGCCUGGAGGGCUGAAUGAAAACAGGGAGGGACCCCGAGGGGGGGAUGGAGUUUUGUGUGUGGUGAUGAAAAUGUUUUAAGUUGAUGAUGGUAACAGAGGUACAGCUCUGGGCAUAUAUGAGACACUAUUGGAUUGUAUGCUUUAAAUGUAUCAAUUGUAUACUAUGAAUUCUAUCUCAAGUUGUUAUAUAAAAAUGAUGACAACUAA